AUUUCGACUUGAACUAUUUUUGGCAUUGGAGCAAGUUUACAGACUACGUGCAAUGCGUCCUGACCUUCACUGGUGUAACUGGUUACAUCACUUACCUCUGGCUUGACUCAUCUCUCUUCGUGGAGACGCUGGGCUUCCUCGCGGUGUUCACCGAGGCCAUGCUGGGCGUUCCCCAACUCUACCGUAACUACCAGAACAGGUCUACAGAAGGAAUGAGUGUCAAGAUGGUGCUGAUGUGGACCAGCGGGGACACGUUCAAGACCGUUUACUUCAUCGUGAAUCAGGCCCCGUUCCAGUUCUCCAUCUGCGGGCUCCUGCAGGUUUUUGUGGACAUGGCUAUCCUGUUGCAGGUUUACCUGUACAGCUACUACCCUCAGAAGCCCGCGUCCCACCCCGCGCACCCGGCCAGCGCCAAGGCCCUCUGA